UGCCAGUCAGUGCCGCCUAAAAGUGCCAGUCAGUGCUGCCUAACAGUGCCGCCUAUCAGUGCCAUAUAUCAGUGCUGCCUUUCAGUGCCAGUCAGUGAUACCUGUCAAUACGCAUCAGAGCCACCUACCAGUGCCUCCUCAUCAGUGCCCAUCAGUGCAGCCUAUCAGUGCCCAUUAGUGCACCCUCAUUAG